AUGGACGCUCCAGAGCCUGAGACGCCCUUCGCGGCUGUCUCAACAUACUCGAACAGAUUUCAAAUGCUGUACCAAACAUACCUGGACAAGUCGACACCUUUCAUCACACACCGAUGGGUAGGCACCGCAGUGGUGUUUGUCCUUUUCGCAGCACGGAUAGUGUUUGCGCAAGGAUGGUAUAUCGUCGCAUACGCACUCGGCAUCUACAUCCUCAACCUCUUCCUCGCCUUCAUCUCGCCAAAGUUCGACCCAUCCCUCGAAGCAGACACAGACAUGGAGGAUGGUGUACCUGCAGGACAGGCCUCUUCACUACCUACGAAGAACGACCAGGAAUUCAAACCUUUCGUGCGCAGACUGCCGGAGUUCAAGUUUUGGCACUCUGCGACAAGAGCUGUGACUUUGGCUUUCCUCUGCAGUUGGAGCGAGAUCUUCAACUUGCCAGUGUUCUGGCCGGUGCUUGUGGUGUAUUGGCUGAUACUGGUGUUCUUGACAAUGAGGCGGCAGAUCCAGAGCAUGAUCAAGUACAGAUAUGUGCCGUGGGAUUUUGGCAAGGCCAAGUACACCAAGAACGCGAACUGA